UUGUCCCAUGUUUGAACAAAGUUUGAGAGCUUUCUUCCUCUUUUUUCUACUUUUUAAAAUUGAACUGUCCUGUGCUGUUCCUUUGAACUCGGUUGGGUGAGAGGGGAAUUCUCCCCAGACCCUGCACUGGAGCCCUUGGCCAAGCUGCCCAGCAAGAUGCAAUGGUUCACGAGCUUUCUCGUCUGGUUCUUUCUUUCCGAGGCACAAGCCUUCGAAAUCCCCAACAAUGGACUCCCAGAAUUUGCAGAAUAUGAAGAUCUUGUGGAACUAGCUCCAGGCAGAUUUCAAUUUGUGCCCGAGAACCGGAGGCAUCAGAGAAGUGUUUCUGGAGAAUCUGGAGAAGCCAUGGAAGAUGUUGAUCAAGUAACUCUUUAUAGCUACAAAGUCCAGUCCACUAUUACUUCUCGUAUGGCCAACACCAUGAUUCAGACCAAAGUGGUGAACAACUCCCCACAGCCUCAGGAUGUUGUGUUUGAUGUUCAGAUUCCCAAAGGAGCCUUCAUUUCCAACUUCUCCAUGAGUGUAGACGGCACUACAUUCACUAGUUCCAUUAAGGAGAAAACUGUGGGUAGAGCCCUCUACUCACAGGCAAGAGCAAAAGACAAAAGCACCGGAUUGGUGAGGAGCAGGGUUCUUGAUAUGGAGAACUUUAAAACCGAAGUGAACAUCCGACCUGGAGCAAAGGUGCAGUUUGAACUUCAUUACCAGGAAGUGAAGUGGAGGAAGCUGGGGUCCUAUGAACACAGACUUCAUCUGAAUCCAGGACGACUGGCCAAACACUUGGAGGUAGAUGUGUGGAUUAUUGAACCUCAGGGGUUGAAAUUUCUUCAUGUUCCUGACACAUCCGAUGGCCAUUUCGAUGGUGUGCCAGUCAUCUCUAAAAGAGACCAGAAGGCCCAUGUGUCCUUCAAGCCCACAGUAGCACAACAAAGGAAAUGCUCUAACUGCUCCGAGACUGCGGUGGAUGGAGAGCUGGUGGUGGUAUAUGACGUGAAGAGAGAGGAGAGUGCCGGGGAACUUGAGGUAUUUAAUGGAUAUUUUGUCCACUUUUUUGCUCCUGAAAACAUGGACCCAAUUCCCAAAAACAUCCUCUUUGUCAUUGAUGUCAGCGGCUCAAUGUGGGGAGUAAAAAUGAAACAAACAGUGGAAGCAAUGAAAACCAUAUUGGAUGACCUGAGAACUGAUGACCAAUUCUCUGUGGUUGAUUUCAACCACAAUGUGCGAACCUGGAGAAAUGAUUUAGUCUCAGCUACUACGACACAAGUUGCAGAUGCCAAGAAGUAUAUUGAGAAAAUCCAGCCUAAUGGAGGCACAAAUAUCAACGAGGCACUCCUGCGGGCCAUCUUUAUUUUGAAUGAAGCCAAUAACAUGGGAAUGCUGGACCCCAACUCAGUCUCUCUGAUCAUUUUGGUUUCUGACGGCGAUCCAACAGUAGGUGAACUAAAGUUGUCAAAAAUUCAGAAAAAUGUAAAGCAGAACAUACGAGACAACAUAUCCUUGUUCAGUUUGGGGAUAGGGUUUGAUGUUGAUUAUGAUUUUCUGAAGAGACUAUCCAUUGACAACCGAGGAAUUGCUCAAAGGAUUUAUGGAAACCAGGACACAUCUUUACAGCUCAAGAAAUUCUACAACCAGGUCUCUACUCCAAUGCUCCGGAAUGUUCAGUUCAACUAUCCCCAUACGUCAAUUAAGGAUGUAUUUCUUGAAUACAGAAGCCUGGCUCCUACUGCUGAUGUCAAAAGGAAAAUUACAAAAACAAUCCUGCAGAUGUCACUGGAACAUCACAUAGUGACCCCACUCACUGCCAUGGUGAUUGAGAAUGAAGAUGGGAAUGAGCGCAUGCUGGCCGACGCCCCUCCACAAGACCAUUCUUGCUGCUCAGGUGCCCUGUAUUAUGGCAGCAAAGUUGCUCCAAGUCCACUCCCAUCUUGGGUCCAUCCGUCACCAACGCCAAGGAGCCCAAUGCUUGUGAAAGGACCUUCUGUACUUGAGAGCACUCCUCCUCCACAUGUGAUGAGAGUUGAAAAUGACCCACACUUCAUCAUUUACCUACCAAAAAGCCAAAAGAAUAUUUGCUUCAACAUUGACUCAGAACCUGGAAAAAUCCUCAACCUUGUUUCUGAUCCAGAAUCAGGGAUUUUGGUCAAUGGACAACUCAUUGGUGCUAAGAAGCCCAAGAAUAAAAAACUAAGCACCUAUUUUGGAAAACUGGGAUUUUAUUUUCAACAUGAAGAUGUGAAAAUAGAAGUUAGCACUGAGACCAUCACCUUGAUCCAGGGCACCCAUACGUCGUUCUUAUCCUGGUCUGACACAGCUCAGGUCAUUAAUCAGAGGGUGCUGGUCUCAGUGAAGAAAGAGAAAACUGUGACAAUUACCCUGGAUAAGGAAAUGUCAUUCUCUGUGUUACUUCAUCGUGUUUGGAAGAAGCAUCCAAUCAAUGUAGACUUUUUGGGGAUCUACAUUCCCUCCACAAAUAAGUUUUCACCUAAAGCACAUGGACUAAUAGGCCAGUUCAUGAAUGAGCCACAGAUACACAUCUUCAAUGAACGACCUGGGAAGAACCCCGAGAAGCCAGAGGCGAACAUGGAGGUGAAAGGACAUAAGCUGGUUGUCACAAGAGGCCUGCAGAAAGAUUACCGGACAGAUAGAGUAUUUGGAACAGAUGUUCCCUGCUGGUUUGUGCACAACAGUGGGAAGGGUUUCAUCGAUGGACACUACAAGGAUUACUUUGUGCCUCAGCUCUAUAGCUUCCUUCAAUGGCCUUAAAGGUUUUUAGUUUUGGAAAUUAAAUGUAUAUACAUUUUCCUCUGC